CCGAGAGACGUGCCGAUUGACGGGUAGGAUGCUGAGGAACAUAUAGCCUGUCAUUUCAUUCUCAUCAUCUCCUGACUGUGUGUCGUUUCCAGUGAGAAGCACACCUGAACACCUCUGCCCACCUCACCGUGACUCUCCUGACCAGAUUCGUUGUAUACCAGCGUCACCAGCUGUUUGCCUUAUCAAGAUGAAGCGUCUGGCAUGUCCGUUUCUGACAAAGAUCCCUGUCAACAACCUGAGACAGUUCCCCCAACAGCUCCUGAGCUAUGCCAACCGCUGCCCAGUGAUGACCCAUGCCUUCCAGUAUUCCUCGGCCAGCAUGAUGACCACUGAGGUUGACGCCAAGGAAGCGGAUGUUGCCGGGACAACCAAGUGUCCUUUCCUGGCGAAUGAGCUGCAGGUUCAGGAGGCUAGCCCAGCCAUUCAGGGAGACAUCAUCACUGUCAACAGAAAAGAUGACGCUGACAACAUGACGGCUGCCAAGGAUCACACCGGACUGAGCAGGGAUGUAGCUCAGCAUGCUGCCACCACUGCUGCUGGUGAUGUGAGUGUGGAGAUGCAGGGGGAGACGAACGUGGAGAAGGAUUCGGGGUUUGGAGGAGUACAAGGCUGGAAUCUAGGAGAGACCCUCAAGAUGCUGAGAGGGAAAGGGUCUGGGCCACAUGGGGGUGAUCCUCCAGGCUUCUUCAACUAUGAAGCAUUCUUUGCCAAUGAGGUUGACAAGAAGAAGAAGGAUCACUCAUACCGAAUCUUCAAGAAGGUGAUGCGGAAUGCAGAUGCAUUUCCCUUUGCCCAGGAGCACUCGGAUGGCAAGAAGGACAUCUCUGUGUGGUGCAGCAAUGACUACCUAGGCAUGAGCUGGCAUCCGAAUGUGUGCAAUGCUGUCAGGAAAGCGCUGGAAAAGCAUGGGGCAGGUGCAGGGGGGACGAGGAAUAUCUCCGGCAAUUCCCCACUACAUGAACGUCUUGAGCGACGUCUGGCUGAUCUACACCAGAAAGAGGCUGGCCUCAUUUUCACCUCCUGCUAUGUGGCCAAUGACUCAACACUGUUUACUCUGCUCAAAGCACUUCCAGGUUGCCAUAUAUUCUCCGAUGCAGGUAACCAUGCGUCCAUGAUCGCAGGGAUCAGGACAAGUGGCGUCCCCAAGCACAUAUUCCGUCACAAUGACCCUGACCACCUCGAGCAGCUUCUCAAGAAAGUGGAUGUCAACGUCCCCAAAGUUGUUGCAUUUGAAACUGUGCAUUCCAUGGAUGGAUCCAUUAGCCCUCUGAAAGAACUGUGUGAUGUAGCGCACAAGUAUGGGGCCUUGACCUUCGUCGAUGAGGUGCAUGCAGUGGGUCUCUAUGGUGACCAUGGUGCGGGCGUUGCUGAGAGAGACGAGUGUCUUGAUGACCUUGACAUCAUCUCAGGAACUCUUGGCAAGGCAUUUGGCAAUAUGGGUGGUUACAUCGUCGGUACUGCCAACACCAUCGACAUGGUUCGGAGCUACGCCGCAGGGUUCAUAUUCACCACUGCCCUGCCUCCUACAACACUGUCUGGAGCUCUUGCUUCAAUCGAUGUGUUGGCGAGUGAUGAGGGUCGAGAGCUUCGAGCACGUCAUCAAAGCAACGUCUUGUAUCUGCGGGAGAAGCUAACUCAUGAAGGAAUCCCAGCCAUGCACAGCCCCAGUCACAUCAUACCUAUACAUGUUGGCGAUGCUCUCACAUGUACCAAGGUGUCCAAUGAGCUGAUCAACAAACACGGCGUCUAUGUCCAAGCCAUCAACUACCCUACUGUUGCUCGCGGCAGUGAGAGGCUCCGCGUUGCCCCGACUCCCCAUCACACUCGUGAGAUGAUGGACGUCUUUGUCAAAAACGUUGUUGAUAUCUGGAAGUCAAAUGGCCUUGACCUUUACAAACCUAUGUGUCCAAAGACUUGUGAGAGUUGUCGCAAGGAUUUGGACAUACAGGAAUUCUAUAAACGAGAACCAGUUUGUUCCCGUUCCAACUGUACCUACUCAUCCCUCCAGGCGGCGCUAGCGUAAUUGCAGCCAAUCAGAAACAAGCAAACUAUUCAAAACAUUAUUCAAUCUGUUUAAAAUUUAUACUUGUUAAACUAUAUAAAAUUUGAUAAACAUGACAUUUGGUUGUCAAUGGAGAGAUAAAAUGUGUUUGAAGAAAUUGAAAACAUAAUGCUAUAAUACUUAAUUUGCCAUUUGGGGAACUAUUAUUUCAGCUAAGAAGCUAGUGUUUAUUGUCAAACAGCAGACUAACCUCAAAAUCCUCAUAUAGAAACUUGUGUCUGAAUUUUGGUUUGGCUGAAGGGUUUUGUUUAGCUGUGCUGAUGUAAGGUGACAGUUUACUAGCAAACAGGAAACUUCAAAUAGGAUAAUGUUAUGUACACACAAAAAGGAAACAAAAAAAUUAUGCAACUGCUUCUCCCGUGAAGACUUUUGAGAAUAAUUGCUCUGAUGGUUAGCUUUUGUAGGUGUGGGAAAGUGUGCCACCUUGCUAAAAGAAAUUGUUUGUUUUUUAGGUAUCGGAAAUUUCGGCUUUCUUUGGUAAAAAAUAAAUUGCUGUGUGUCGGAAUGUUUGGCAUGAAACAGGCAUACUAGGGAACCAACACUAUCGGUGUUUUCAGCCUGAUUUCAUCUUGGGAUGCAUAUAAAUGGUAUCUGUUGUCAUUAGGCGUUCUUCAUUUUUAGCUGCUUUUUUAGUUUAGUUUGAAUUUAUUACCACUUUCAGAAAGGGUUCAAUUCCAUCAAAUAUAUUUCUUACAGUUCUAUAAACCUAUGCUCUAAUACCAUCACAUCUCCAAGGCUAUACCACCCUUUCUUCAUCUUAAUGUAUUAUUUGGUAUUUGGUAUUUAUUUUAUCAGAUGUAGACAACAUUAUUAUUGGGGCUCAUAUUGGUAAUUAGCCAUGACCUAUUAAUUUAGGACAAGUUUGAAAACGUUUUGAUAAAGUUACUACUGUUGAUAAAUAUAUGUUUAUCUCAAUCCCAUACUUACCUUAUAACUCAUUUUAUGAAUCAUUUUGAGAAAUAUCAGGCAAGUUGUUUCAUGGAAAGCUUUUUUAGGUAGAAAAUGGUACAAAAAUGCUGGGGUAUUGACCUAAAAUUAAAAUUUUCAUAAAAGUAAAGUUUGUGUCAUUGUUUAUAUUUCAAAAAGUAUAUCUUCCUGCAUGUGGAAGACCUAACAUACAGGAAAUUGAUUUGGUCUGGCGAAUUAAUAUAACUAAAUAUUAUUUACAUUGUGUAAUGGGCUAUACAUGUAUACGUUUGGGUAGGUGUAUUUUUAUGGUAAUAAUAUUGUUUGAUGAUAUUGUAGUUAUAGGGUCUACUAUGUAGGGUAUGUAUCUGUAGCGGCUAUUUAACUAGGUAAUCACUACAUGCUUCUCGGCCACAUUCAAUGUAUGCUAUGCUUGGUAUUUCCUUCUGCCUAGAACUGCCUGUUUAGACUGAAGCUGAUUUCUGAGAGUAGUAACUUGACCUGGCGUCGGUACACAUACUCUUGGUUGUUUUAUUUCUCAUUUGUCAAUAAGGAACAGAUAUGAGACAUUGGAAAUUAGAAAAUGGGUCGAAUGUGGAAAUCAAUAUUUCUAAUGGGAAUGAAGUUAAAGGUUGGGUUAAAGUAAAUAUAUUGUCAAUCUAUCGACUGUGUUCGUGUCUAAAUGUUAGCUUAGGGAUUGAAAAACAGCUUUUAAUGAUUUUAGAUUAUGUGAUUAAGUUGUUCCUGAUAAAGGACUGACUUAGGGGGACUGGGAUAAUUGUUGGAGACAGAAGAUGUUUUCAAUCAGAACUUCAAGACACGACUAUUUUCUCUUAAGGAGGAGCUAAAGAGGUCUCCAGACAGCAAUACUUUUGGUGUAUAAAAUUUGAGAAUAAAUUAUUUUUAUCAAGGAUUUUUUUCGGAAACAGCUUAACUGUUCUCCCCCUCCCUCCCCCCAUGAUAUGAAAUGAUUAGCCCCUAGACAAAACUUAUUGAUAAACACUGUAGCUCUGACAAGGCAGUUAAUGUUUACCAUUUCUGCAGGUAUACCCGGGUAACUAUUGAUUAAAUGACUCAAUGAUUCAAUUUUUUUUAUUUCUUGGUUUAUGGAUUUCAAACUCAUUUCAAACGUGAAGUAGGCAAAUUAAAUGCAAAAAAAGAAAAGAAUUGUUUUUACUUGAUUUUUGUCCUAAAAAGUUAGGUACAUAUAAAAAAAAUAUAUUUUGGAUCACCAAAUGUAAAACAACUUAAUUUUUCAAGAACAUUUUAUUAGUUCCCUGGCACACAGCUUGUGCAGAAAUGGCAAUAUAACAAUAUUCAUGUCAUGGUGAAAUGCAUACAAUCCUAUUUGGCAGCAUGGGUGACCAUUAAACUGGUCAUGAUUGUGCUUUGCAUUGACACCUGGUAUUAGAGAAGAAUCCCAGCAAGAAAUAUCAGAGUGACUUCCCUUUGUCACCUUUGUGUGAACAUUUUAUGCAUUUUUUUAAGUAAAGAUCAGCAGUGAAAAAAGGAGUAAUUUGUAUUUGUAUAUUUUUUCAACGUUUGGACUUUGAAAGAGUGACCCAUCAUCCAUAAACCAAGAAAUAAAAAAAAAAUCACACCUAAUGGUUCAUACAAAAUAAACAACCAAACAGUCAUGCACAGUUUAGGUCAUACUAAGAAUAAAAAGAAAAUGUAUUUGUGAGACUUCCCUAACCUUUUCAAGAAUGAACAGUUUUAGAAAAGUUGGAACAGUUUGAUUUGGGUUUCUGCCAUUUUGUCCGACGUCUGCUCUAAUAUUGUGAUGAAAACUGAAUGCAACAUUUUGUGAGUCCAGUCAGUGAUCACCAGAGUUUCAGGAAUAAAGCACGCCUGGAGGGAAACUAUCAUGUGAAUUUACAAAUGCUGCAAACGCUGUGGUGCAAUAUUUAUGUAAGAGCAUCAUCGUCAUAUAGAUAUAUCUUUGUUUUGAGUUAUACCGGUUAUUCAUGUCGUCAGGGAACAAACAAUCUUUAUCCAUUAUUCAUGGAAUGUCAUUUCAAAAAGAUUGUUUAGAAUUGUGCUAUUUUCCGAACAAGUAUAUUUUGUUAUCUUGUUUAGUCACUGUGUUGUUCCUGGGUGUUUUACCUGUAUAAUGUAGUCUUGUCUGUCAACAGUCGACAAGAGGGCUAUUGUUUGCUGUUGAGCUGAAAAUAUAUUUUCUUUAUAUCUCUAUCUUUGUUGGUGAUUUUAAGUGCUAGCUUUAGACACACAUGACGAGGUGAUUUAGAUAUAAUGUCAUGUAACUUUAAAGGGGGAACUUAUUUUUGUUAUUGAAACAUUUUUAAAUGAAUCUUUAAGUUCAUAUGGAUAGGUUGCCAUAGCAACAAUCCAUCUCAAAAACUAACUGAAGAUUUGAUGGUUCCCAUUCAAUGAUGUUGGGAUUGACACAAUGUAUUGAUGUGAUUGACACAAAGUGUUGAUGGAAUUGAUGCAACGUGGCGAUCGGUGGAAUUGACACAACGUGUUGAUGGGAUUGACACAACGUGUUGUUGGGAUUGACACAACCUGUUGAUGGAGAAAUUGAUUCAAUAUUAGCUUUCAUUUAUUGAUUUAUUAAAAGUGUAAAAUAAUGUCUUGAAACAACUACGAAGAUCAAAACAGUGCAAUAUUCUAAGUGCUGGUAUUAAACAUGAUUUUGUUGGAGUUUGAAGUUGGAACAAACAUUGAAAACUGACUUAAUGCAAUAGAUAAAGUGUUAUUUUGUUUAAAACAUAUUUGUGAUACAACAACCAACAUAGGAUGAUCUGAUAUGAUUUGUGCAAUGCCUCCUUUAAUGACAGAGUCUACUUAAGCAUGUCCCUAUUCAUGUUCUCAAACAUCAGGUGCCUUAUGCCUAGAGCUGUGACCAAUCUUGUUCACUGACCACUGCCGGCAACACAUUGUAGCCAUAUGUUACACAACAUACUAUAGAAUACUUGUUAUUUAUUAGAGUCUAUAUUGUUAGUUAUUGUUGGAGAUUAUUGUAAACUGUUGUGUUCUGUGACAAAACAGAAAUAAAAUGACCAAGAAUAUGA